UUUGUCCAAGAUGGCGGCGUCGAUGUAGGUUCACUGAUGUUAAUAUGUUUUUAAAAGCGUUUAUCCUUUUAUUUCAGAAUAAAUGCAAAGUCUCAACGUCGCGGACAUUAGUUACAAGUUACUAAAUCGUCCGUGUCUGUGCAAGGUCUGAUAAAACCGAGGAAUUUGAUUCCAGACCGAAUUAUUUCUGCAGACGCUGGCUGGCUAACUAGCUAGCUAAAAAGUUUGGGCAUCGUUUGAAAAUGAAACGACAGGCCGGGAGGGACUCCAGUCCUAGUCGGGCUUUAGCGAAACGAAUACGGGAAAGAGAGCGUGAACGAGAUGGGGCACGGAGAGAGGACCUACCGCCCCCACCGCUUGCUUUGCUGCUCGCUGAAAGCCGAAGGCAAAAUGCUCGGAGCAGGAGUAGAGAACGAGAAAAGACGCGGCUUCGGGAGGAGCGCGGGGCCGCUGGAGACCCCCUCCACCACCGACAACAACACCACGACCUCAGUCUGAUCGGCCGCCCCCCUCUCCGGACUACAGCCGCCCUGCCUAAAGGCAAAGCGUCGACCGAGCUACUGGGCCCCCGGGGGGGAGCGGGGGGGACUCUGGAAUACAAAUCGUUGCUCAUUAGCAAUCUAGGCUCGGUACUUUCUGACGAACAUGUUGAAGACGGACUGUUCCACGAGUUUAAAAAGUUCGGGGACGUUAGUGUGAAACUAUCUCACACUCCAGAGCUGGGCCGGGUUGCCUACGUGAAUUUCCGUCACCUGGAGGACGCUAAAGAGGCCAGGCAUGCAAAGACCAGGUUAGUGCUGUAUGAUCGCCCCCUUAAAGUAGAGCCCAUGUACGUUCGUCGUCGCAGCUGCACACCGCCGGAUGUGGGCUACAUUCCCAUUCAUGGCGCCCCAUAUCCCCCUUAUAGACAGAGGUCCCUCUCCCCCGGGGCUGGAGUUAGCAGUAUCAGAGACAUCCGACCACUGAGACACUACCCUGUAGAGGGUUUGGGACUGAGCAGAGAGAGGGAAAGGAUCUUAGAUUACUAUGGGAUGUUGGAUGAGAGGGGGCGGCCAUACGGGCUGCCAGUACCUGAGCAUGAAGACAUAAAGCCAGAGGACGAUGCGCGGGCAUGCAGGAACCUGUUCAUUGGCAACCUUGAUCACAAUGUCACUGAGGGCGAGCUGAGGAGAGGGUUUGACAAGUACGGCAUCAUUGAGGAAGUUGUGAUUAAACGUCCGGCGCGUGGUCAGGGGGGAGCCUACGCUUUCCUCAAGUUCCAGAACUUAGACAUGGCUCACCGGGCCAAGAUAGCCAUGCAGGGCCGUGUGAUUGGUGGGAACCCAGUGAAGAUCGGCUAUGGUAAAGCUAACCCCACCACGAGGCUCUGGGUAGGUGGCCUCGGCCCUAGCAACUCCCUAGCAGCCCUAGCCCGAGAGUUUGACCGCUUCGGCAGCAUCCGAAACAUAGACUAUGUGAAAGGGGACAAUUUUGCCUAUAUUCAGUAUGAAAGCUUGGAUGCCUCCCAGGCCGCCUGUGCCCAGAUGAGAGGUUUCCCCCUGGGAGGCCCAGAGCGGAGGCUGAGGGUGGACUUUGCCAAGGCGGAGGAGCCCCUGCCUCGUAGCUACCCAGUGGGGUACCAGACCCCUGUGCCCCUGCCUGCCCACCUGGACCUGGUGCCAGAGGGGUACGGCGGGAGGCACCGCGACUGCAGCCUGGAGAGAGAGCUCCGUACCAGGGACCGCUCACCACCCUCCCACGCCCUGUUCACCCAGCGGGAGAGAGAGAGGGCUCUGCUGGACAGGGACAGGGGGGACAGAGAGUUCACCAGCCCAACCAAGAGCCUGGAGCGUAGGGGGGGUGAAGCUUUUGGGGGAUCCCGUGGAGGGUGGGGGGACCGAGCAGCCCGGAGCCGCAGCCGAGAGCGCUGGUUGAAGGAGAGGGAUGCUGCGCGGGCUGGGGGGGAGAGACGGAGACGCCACAGCCUCUCCCUAGACAGGCCCUCUCAGGAGAAGGAGAGAGGCAGGUCCAAGGUGAGAGGAGGAGGACCAGCCUCUCCAGAGGACAGCCCAGACAGAGCCAGGGUCAGAGCCCCAGACUCCACCACCGAGCCCAGGGGACAGAGCCCUGACAGCAGCCGCCACUCCAACGAGGACCGGGGUGGUGGUCUGAAGACCGGCGGGGACAGGGAAAAGGAACGCGACCGUGACCGCAACCACAGAAACGCGAGCGACAACAACCACACCUCGUCUGACACGCCUAAUAAAGACCCCAGGACACUCAGCACGCUGUCGGAGUAUGCCGCCACCCUCGCCAAAGCCUGGCACGGUCACUUCGCCCUGAAGAAUAGCUGCUUCCCCGCUAACAUGCACCUGCUCGAGGGAGGCUCUGGGUUCUUCCACUCUGUCAUGAAGGACCACCAGGCGAAGGGGAAACUGACCCAGCUUAAGAUCGCCCAGCGACUGAGGAUGGACCAGACCAGGCUGGACGAGGUCACCAGGAGGAUCAAGCAGGGUGGGUCCGAGGGCUACGCUGUUCUUCUGGCCCUCCAGGGCCCAAUCGACCGCGAGGCCCCUCCACCUGAACCAGGCCUACAGAUCAGACUCCUCCGUCACCUGGUCACCUACCUGAGGAACAAGGAGGCUGCAGGGGUGAUCAGUCUACCGGUAGGCGGGGCUAAGGAGGGGGGAAAGGGGGGCAUGCUGUACGCCUUCCCCCCCUGUGACUUCUCCCAGCAGUUCCUCCAGACCGCUCGCAGAACUUUGGGCAAUCUGGAUGAAGAACACCUGGUGGUAGUGAUUGUCAAUGACUCUGGCUAACCACAACAGAAGACACCUGGUGGUAGUGAUUGUCAAUGACUCUGGCUAACCACAACAGAAGACACCUGGUGGUAGUGAUUGUCAAUGACUCUGGCUAACCACAACAGAAGACACCUGGUGGUAGUGAUUGUCAAUGACUCUGGCUAACCACAACAGAAGACACCUGGUGGUAGUGAUUGUCAAUGACUCUGGCUAACCACAACAGAAGACACUUCUCUGUCUAUAGCGUUAGCUGUCAUUUGUUAUUUCUCCAUGUAAACAACAGACUGAGCUCUGAGCAAGGAACUAGUAGUUGAUAGUCAAUGACUAAUUAAAUAAGACACCUGUCUCUGUGGUGGUAAUGGCUGUCAGUUUCACUUCCGUGUGAAGGGACUGAACUGUUGUAGGGUCUAAUUUAGAUUAAGAUAGUACGACACCUCGUCCGUCUCUCUCUGGGGGAGAAUGUUCCUAUGUUCCCCUCUACGGCACCUAUGCCCCUAACAGACAGUGUCACUGCUUUCAUGUACAAACCGAGACCGAGCUGCUGUCACUCCAAGCAAGGGAUCCUUUGAGACAAACUGACAGACUUUGUAUUAAAAUACUGGAGGAGGAUAGGACAGACAUUUUGUCUGCAUUUCUUUGUAUGUAAGUGAAACACUACAACUGAGUGAGGGAUUGUUGUCAUACUGUUUUUUUUUUUUUUUUUUUUUUUUUUUUUUUAGAACUAAACUGACCAAGCAGUAUAUCUAAAGGCAACUUCCACAACGGUAGUAUUUUUCAUAUGAUAUGAUUCUAUGUAUGUUGUAUUUGUUUUAUUUGACCAUUCCAGAAGUUCCACCUUCUUCAUCAUUUGAGAAUUGUGUGCUCUGAUUGGCUGUUGCAUGCAGGAAGCAGGAAGUAGUUUUCUUGUACAGAUUUUACCCUCUAACCGGUGGUCAAGUUCCACUGCUGUUUACUGGCCGUUGAUUUUAAACCGUUGUUGUUUGAAAUAUUUUUUCAGCUACAGAUAUUAUUUCUUAACAGUUCUGUCUUGGCCCUAAUGUGGUAUUAUAAUGUUCAUGGCUGGUUUGUUUUAGCUUUUUUUUUAAAUGUACUGAAUGAGCCUGUAGCCUAUUUGUGUGUGAUUUUUGCAUAUGAGAGAAAAGGAUUGUUGUUUCUCUCUUGUUAAUGCAACACUCUAUAAGGUUGAAUGGGUUACCUCUACCUCUACAAUUAUUUAAAUCAUCUGGUUUUUAAAACAUUUUUUAUCACAGACAUGCAAUACAAAUGAAAUCCACCCACUGAUAUGUUGGAGUCAGUUAAUUUUCUCCAAGCAGUUUCUUUGAGCAGUGCUGUAACACUAAAAUACAUGUUUUAUUCAUCUAUUAGUUGAGGUGCAUUGCAUGUUUUAAACCUGUCUGUCCGUUUGAAUCAUACUGGGCCAUUUUAAUGUUUAUUUGAAGAAAACAUCACCUGAAUGAAUGGACUAACUCUGAGUAGUAGAAUAGUUAAAAGGAAAAGUGGUUAUCACUACUUAACAUCAGACUGGUGUUAGUUAAAAGGAAACGUUUUUAUCACUACUUAACAUCAGACUGGUGUUAGUUAAAAGGAAACGUUUUUAUCACUACUUAACAUCAGACUGGUGUUAGUUAAAAGGAAACGUUUUUAUCACUACUUAACAUCAGACUGGUGUUAGUUAAAAGGAAACGUGUUUAUCACUACUUAACAUCAGACUGGUGUUAGUUAAAAGGAAAAG